GGGCUCUGCGGCCCGUGGUCCCACUUCCCCCGGCGCUUCUUUGCUGCACAAGCGCCCCACGCCCGACUCUUCAGUGCCCGUCCUCAGAUCCCGCCUCCGUGAGAGCGUUAAGGCCGUCCUCUUGGAAGCUGGGCACGCAGAAGGUGCUCAUGAAUAUCGAAUGAAUGAACCGAGGGUCUUAUGGGGGAGCUGCUCCAACACAGAUGAGGACUGUGAUCAGUUGUGGGGGGGUCUGGGCCUGCUGGGGAGUGGCCGAUCAGCUCAUGGUGGGGGGACUCCAGGGCACAAGUCCCCAGGUCACAUAAAAAAACAGGCACAUCUUGGCACCAGCACCCGAGGGUGUGUGGGGUGAGGGGUCUGGCCUGCGGGGUUCAAGGGGUUCAGGACCAGGUCAGUGAGGAGCCAGGGUUCUGGGGCACCUCCUUCUUGAUGGAGCAGAGCUGGAUGGGCUGGGCUGACAGGUUGGGUGGCAUAGCAGGAACAACACUCACCUACAGCAUAAAACCCCACUUCAUGGAGCCCUGCAACUCGCUAGUGCCAGGAGCUCCUGCCACCUCUGACCCCCCACUCAGCUGGACCAGGCUGAGAACAUGAGGCAGCCCCUACCCCCUGCACCGCUGCUGUUGCUGCUGUGGCUUGGUGAGUCCUGGGUCAAGUCAGAUCUGACUGCCCCUCCCGCCCCCCAACCCCAGGAGCCCUCUGCCCUGCCUGAAGCUCCAACUGAGCCCCUGCUCCCAAGGCCUACCUAAAGUUACAGGAUGGGCCUCCUCUUCCCGACCCAAUGGUUGGGCCCCCAGGGCAGGUGGGAAGACUCCAGAUGUUCCACCUGGGUGGGUAUGAAGUGGGGAAGGCAAGAUGGGGCCUGUGGGUGCAGAUCUGACAGGACCCCAAAGCUGCAGUCUGGCAAGGGCACCUCUCCACCUUCCUCAGGCACUCACAGUGUGCCAGGCACUGGGCAUGGGCUCCCCUGCUUCCUCUCACAGUGGACUCUCCCCACUUCCCCAGAGAAAGACUUCAUUUGUGCAGGAGUUGAAGUUAGGUCAGGUGAGCUCCAAAUCCCUGGGCCAUUGUCAACUAGGUUGGGGAAAAGGACUAAGCUGGAGUUGCCACCUGAGCCUGGAGCCCACGGAGGCUGAUUGGGGGCUGAGCAGAGAGCUGGGGGAUGAGGACAGGUUGCAGAGGGUCCCACCCUCAUGCCCACAGAGAAUCAGGCAGUGCACUGCCAAUCCUAGGCUGUGGUCAGCAGGUUCCAGCCAGGGCCCCCAUCUGCCAGGCCUCUCCCUGCAGGGCGGGCCGCUCUCUACCAGGGAAACUCUCCCACAUUCUUGGGCCAGCUGGGCCAGCCCAGCAGCCACCAUACUUCCCUGUCCUCAGAUCACCUCCCAGGGCAGGCCAGGUCACUCAGACCAUAGCCUAGCCAGGGCUUUAGGAUUCCUGUCCCCAGGGGUAGGAGGGCACCAGGUGGACACCUCUACUGGGCUGUGCUAACCUCCCCCAGCCUCACUGGCUGGCCUCCCACUCCUGGCCUUAGGUAACAGCAGGAUAACACCAUUCUUUGAGAGUUCAUUUCCACAGAGGUUUGACGCUGUGGUUGCUCCAGCCUGUUGGGCAAUCAAGGUCACUGCCAAAGUGGAAACAGCGGCCUGCAGUUUGGAGGCUGGGUCAAGGGGGUCCCUCCUAGUAGCUUAGGCCUCAUCUGGUUCCACCAGCUACAGGAGCUUCAGAAGCCCUGGGCCUGGGGGCUGAUCCGUGCCCAUGCUGCUGGCCCCUGACAGGAUGCCUGCCCUGAAGAGCUCAGCUCUCUAGGUCAGCAACCCCCACCACCAUUCUGUCCCUCCACACAUUCCCUGAGCUCAGGCCCCUAGGCAUGGCUUUGUCUUGAGCUCCUAGGUCUGUGUGUAAGAUGAGUUUCCAGGUGGGACAGAGAGCUUAGGAACCAGCAAGGCUUCUGAGACUGACAGUGCAAGGGAGGAGGGCUCCCAGAGGAGGCAGUGCUGGCGCCUCCAUCUGGACUGGGGCCCACUGGGAGCAGCAGAGCUGCAGCAGGGAGGGUGGGUCUGAUGGUGAGGAGGGCCUGUUGUGGGGACUCAGGCAGAGAACUGGGAGAGAAGAGGCUCUUCCAAGUUCCUGGAGGGAGAGAAAGGGUCAUCCAGUAUGUUCAUGCCAAUGUGGACAGAGGGUGGUUGGCUGGAGCAGCAUUUGAAAAAUGAAUCCUCAGGCCUCAGGAAGGGCAGAGGGUUAGGUGCUGGAAAUCUAAUCAUAAGAUAUUACACUAAGAUGGAAGACAACCCUCCCUGGGGCAUUCACACUUUAACUGUGAACACAAGUUACUCAGAGGACAGUCCAGGGCACCCUUCCUGUUUCCAACUGCCUAUCUGGGCUGACAUCACACUUGUCCCCCACUUCUUCUUGGCACCCCCACUUUGAGAAGUGAAUAGUCCUACCCUGAGCCUUAGCUUCCUGUCACCUGGUCCACAGCUGCCCCUCCCUUCACCAUCCAUCCCUGCCCAGGGAAACUUGCCGUGCUGUGCACUGAGGACUGUGUGGAACGGGAGCCUGGCAGGAAAAAUGAGGACCUCUGAAAUCCUUAGGGUCCUUGGGCACCCCAGGCCACGCAUGGCUCAGCAAGUCCCUGGGUUGGGUAAGGUUGACAAGAGCAGCCCCCACCUCUGGGUUCUUUUUUUUUUUUAAUAUUUAUUUUUUAGUUCUCAGCGGACACAACAUCUUUGUUGGUAUGUGGUGCUGAGGAUCGAACCCGGGCCGCAUGCAUGCCAGGCGAGCACGCUACCGCUUGAGCCACAUCCCCAGCCCAACCUUUGGGUUCUUAAAGUGGCUGGGGUUUAGUGAACAUAUGGAGCCCCACAGGGAGAGCUGGCUCUCCUGGACCCCUUCCAGUCUGACAUGCCUGCCCCAGGGACAGACAACUGGGAGGGUGGAGCUAAAAGGUCUCUCACCAGGGGGCCUGGACCAGGACUGGGUUAAGCACAGCAAUGGGUGUGGGGGUGAGAGGCCUUGGGAAAUGGAAUUUCAGGCGUCCCCACCUCACCCAGAGUGGUGCUUGCUGUCUUCCACUUUUCUGUCAGUCCCUUGAAGCAAGGGUUCUUGGCCUGGGAGCAGGCUCAGCCCCUGGAGUCUCAGGAGGCUGCCCCCUGUGGCUGCAGGGCUGGAAUUCUAUUCAAGAACACAGAGCAUGAAGCAGACCUGGACAAGACUUGGAAACCAGGCUUUACAAAGCCCCAGGUGGCUCCAGGGCAUCCUCACUCCCCAGCUCCUUGCGGCUCCAAGGGAAAGGCAGACCCCACGCACCAGUACUGCAGUUCUAUUCCCUAACCUCAAAGCUUCCAGACCUGGACAGAGAUGGACCAUAGAGGGAAAGAAUCCUGAAGGGACAAGAAAGGAGUCAUCCUGCUCCAAGCAGGGGAAGUCGAGUCACAGGGUCACCACACUGGCCUCUCCUGGUUGGCCUGCCAUGUGGACAGUAGUUUGCUGCCCUUGCAGAUAAGCUCUGCCACAGGCCAGACCUGGAGUAGCUGAAGAUUCCUGCUCUCUCCUUCUGGAUCUCUAUGGCUAUCCUGAGGGGAGGGAGUACAGGCAAGUGAAGGAAGGACAGACCUGGGCAUAGGAAAAGUUGGCUGACAAUCCCUUUUGUUCACUUUCAGGAACUCAGGGGGCCAAGGCUCUAAGAGGUAAGCAGGCGUGACUGAGAGCUGCAGGAUGGGCCAGAACACCCACCCACCAUUCACACACACACACACACCCCACCACCACCACCACCACCACCAUCCCCCACAUCACACGCAAGGAGCCGCAGAAGGAAGCUGGGUAGGGAGGCACAUGCCUGUAAUUCCAGCAACUCGGGAGGCUAAGGCAGGAGGAUCCUAGGUCCAAUGCAAGCCUUGGCAACUUAAAAUAAAGAAUGAAAAAGUAAAAUGGCUGGAGAUGUAACUCUGCAGUAGAGAGCCCCUGGGUUCAAUCCUCACUACUAAAUACAUAAAUAAAUAAGAAAGACCCAGAGGAAUGCGCAGGGCAUCUGGCAGUGGCUUAUCAGAACUGGAGCCCAGAAAGGAGUGAAAAGGAAGAAGGUCCACCACACACCCAGCAAGUCAAGACAUGGUAGGAACAGCAGGCACGAAGCACUGCACAGGGUCAGGAAAAGGGCCAGCACAGACCUGAGGCUUGUCUCACUGCACCAAGCCUGCCCCUCAGGGCCACCUACCUGUGAAGGAUAAUCAAUGCCUGGCUUCCAUACUUCCAUGAGCUGCAUCAGGCCUUGGAUAGCUCAACCCUCAUGACCAUUCAAGAACACAGAGCAUGAAGCAGACCUGGACAAGACGUGGAAACCAGCCUGUGGGCACCCCAGGAUGCUGAACCGGAUGGUGGGCGGGCAGGAUGCCAUGGAUGGUGAGUGGCCUUGGCAGGUCAGUAUCCAGCGCAAUGGGAGCCACUUCUGUGGAGGCAGCCUCAUCACAGAACGGUGGGUCCUCACCGCAGCACACUGCUUCUCCAACACCUCAGAAACAUCUCUGUACCGAGUCCUGCUGGGGGCACGCCAGCUGCUGCAGCCAGGGCCACAUGCCGUGUAUGCCCACGUGAGGCGGGUGGAGAGCAACCCCCUGUACCAGGGCAUGGCCUCCAGUGCUGAUGUGGCCCUGGUGGAGCUAGAGGCACCCGUGGCCUUCACCAACUACAUCCUCCCGGUGUGUGUGCCUGAUCCCUCAGUUGUCUUUGAGAAGGACAUGAACUGCUGGGUCACUGGCUGGGGCAGUCCCAGCGAGCAAGACCGCCUGCCCAAUCCGAGGAUCCUUCAGAAGCUUGCAGUGCCCAUUAUUGACACGCCCAAGUGCAACCUGCUCUACAGCAAAGAUGCUGAGUCUGGCUUCCAGCCCAGAACCAUCCAGGAUGACAUGCUCUGUGCAGGCUUCGCAGAGGGCAAGAAGGAUGCCUGUAAGGGUGAUUCAGGGGGCCCCCUGGUGUGCCUUGUGGACCAGUCAUGGGUGCAGGCUGGGGUGAUCAGCUGGGGCGAGGGCUGCGCACGCCGGAACCGCCCAGGUGUCUACAUCCGGGUCACUUCCCACCACAACUGGAUCCAGGGGAUCAUCCCUGAGCUGCAGUUCCAGUCAGGGAGGGAGGGUGGCCAGCAGCGAGACACUCAAGGCCAGCAGCGCCUUGGUCAGAACUCAGCACCCUGCCUGGCUGCCCACAUGGUGCUGCUGGCCUUCCUGAUGCUGCCUGCCUUCCUCUGAGCCCUCCCAGGCUGGGACCAGGUGAAGCCCCACCCAGGGUGUACAUUUGUAAAUAGGCUUCCAUCCUCCCCUCCCUUAAACACCUGUCACUUUUAUUUAUAUUCACUUCCAAUAAAAAUAGUGCCCC